AUGCCUCGCGGAACCGAAACCCAGAUCCUAGCCAAAAAGCUCAAGGGUAAAAAAUUGGUUAUCCCAGAUUUAAAGCCGAUUUUUUCGCAUUGGCCAAGUCAGCAAAGUGAACAUUAUGCGAAAACAAAGGAUGCAGUACAGAGGAAACUUUCAAUUAUACUCCCCAGCGAGAAGCACCAGAAAGCUGUCAACGAUGCAGACCCAGCAUUACUUGCCGCCAGGUGGUGGCCUACAUCAACAUGGGACCGUUUUCAAGUAAUGACAGACCUGACCAUCUGGUUUGGCAUAUGGGACGAUUAUGUCGAGAACCUCGAGAAUCUCCAAGACGCCGAAGAGUUCAGGCUCGCCACAAAAGAGUAUGUUGCGCAGAGCUUUGGCUUGGCAAAUCGAGAAGGCACUCCUGUACCCAUACACCGUUUGAUACGUAACUUUGAGAGCAUCGCUCAGAGGAUACGUGAGGCCUACGACCAUGAGCAAAGGGAAGAGCUACUGCGACACUUUGAUCAGUACAUUGAUGCUACGAGGAUAGAGACUGAGUUCGAGAAAAGUGAAUUCGUCCCCAGCUUGCAAAGGUAUUGGGAAGUGAGGACAUUGACAAGUGGCAUGGGCACCUUGCUAGGAAUGUCCGAAUUUGCUCUUGAUGUUAAGCUGCCAAUGAGCAUUAUCACCACCACAGCCUACGAGACGCUUUGGGUGUCGACAAUUGUAAUCAACUCAGUAAUUAACGACCUUAUCUCUUUGAAGAAGGAAAUGCGCGCUGGUAGCGUCCUUAGCUCUGUUGCUCUCUUGUUUCACGAGUUUGAGGACUUAGACUUAGCUGUACAGCUUUCAGUGGACUACAUUCAACAACUGGUCGAAUUAUACGACAAUACAGCCGAAGUACUACUCCAAGGUAUCUCAUAUGACGCUCAGGCACAUGAAGCUGUGUCUAAGGUGGUCGAUCUUUUCCGGAUGGUAAACACUGGCAACCUUGAAUGGAGUCUCGUCGCAAAGAGAUACGGUGUCGCCGAUUUCAUCAAAGAAGACGGAAGCAUCGAGUUGUACCUGUGA